UGUGCAUGCAAAGCACGAAACAGAGAUGGCUACAGUUGCGAAUUCGACGGCGACGCGCCAGCGGAAUAAUAGCAAACCCGCGGAGCCGCUGUGUAGUGUGUGUAAAGUACGCAAGAGAACAGAGCACAACGGUGCGUGCGGUGUGUGUCGGUCGCGCAUGUACACACACAUCAGUCGGUUGUUGUUCGGGGUGUCGAGUGUAUGCUGGCUGUCGUGUGAAUUUUCCUACCGUCGUGGGUCGCGUUUCUUCAAACAGCACAGUAUUUGCGCAAAGAGAGGAGUCACCGUCAUCUCGGGAGGCUGUGGUGCAUCCGAGGAAUAAAUGUGAAGGUUGGAAAACAAAAUUCGGAAGAAAAAGACGGCUAAGAGCGCGUGUGCGUAUGCUCUUCGGCGUUAGUUUGUGUGCGCACGUUUGUGGUCUGGCGCGGUGUUAAAGCAAAAGGCAACAGAAAAGCGUACCUCCCCAGCCCCAUCCCCAUCCGACCGACGACGGGGUGCGAAACGGGUGGUUGGCGCCCAGAGGAUGGAUACGAGAGCGUUGUAAAGAAGGGAACCGCAGUAAAGUGAUCAAAGCUAUAAAGAAGAUUCUGUGCAUGUGUGUGUAUGUGCGUGCGUGUAUGCGAGAACGAGAGUUGUGUGACGAGCAAAAUAUAGAAUAAAAGGGUUUUAAAAAAGAAGAAGAAGAAAACCCCCCGUUUGUAGGAAAAAGGAAAUGAGAAAAGAUGGCUCGGCAAAAUAAUUCGACGCGCAGCGUCAUCAUCAGCCGCAACGAUUACACGAUCGUGCUGAUCGCGCGACGACGAUGAUCGCGAUGAGAUGAUCGCGAUGAGCAGAAGAUGAAAGCCAACCAUGGUACGGCUGCGUGAGAGAUGCUGAUACCCGCAAGAAGCAGAUCAGUGAGCAGCAGUGAGCAAUGAGCAAAGCCAAAGCGACCCCGCUCCUCGACCCAGCGUGAAUGGUGGCGUGUGCGGUGCGUGGAAAACCCAACUCACUGUAGUGGCGGAAGCGCGAAGCAGGCGGAAAAGCGAAGGUUGUGUUUAGAAACGCGGCGGGAAGGGUGGUGUGCGGGUCGUCGGGUUGUGCGUUGCGUUGAGUGUUGAGAUAUUGUGCCCGGUAAGGAAGUGUAUUGUUACGCAAAGUGCAAAGUGGAAAUAAAAAAAAGGGAAAGUAAAAAAGGGGUGCGGGGUAAAAGAAAAGAAAAAAAAAGGAUGCGAGAAGGAAAAUUCUGUUGCGCAUAAAACGGAGCGAAUAGCACAGAAAGGGAAAAAUUAGCGAUUGAUUCGAGCCGAGUGAGUGUCUGCGAGUGAGAAAGCGCCGAAAAACGCGUGCAAAGCGUGAGCCGAAAGUGAAUCGUUUGAAUUCGUAGCGCGCGGCGUUUGUGAGUUUGGCUUUUGUUUUUUUUUUGUUUUGGUUUUGCUUGGUUGCAGCGUUGUUGCUGCGUUUGUUUUGUUUUGUGCAGCGCAAAAAGGCGCCCAGGGGUGUGCGUGUUUCGAUAGCGGUGAGCGCGCGUGUGUGUUUGUGCGCGCGUACGUUGGUACAUGUUGUUGCGGCUGUGUUCGGUAGUGUACACGGGUUAGUGUUUAGCAAACAUGACGGAAUACGUGCCACCACACGUCAUCUCGGUGCUGAAGACGUACCAGGACAAAGCGCCCCGGAGUCUGCACGGUCCGGGUCUGUCGCUGGUGCACCCGAGUAAGGCAAGCAGUGCGAUCGUUGUUGGACGAGCGGAUACACCAGAUCUGCAUGGUGGAGCCGGCACGCAGCAACAUCUUCCGCUGCAUCAUCAACACACGCACGGCACUGAGCAUGGGACGUCACGUGCUGGAAGUGACGAAGAUGUACAGCAGCAGCAGCAGCAGCAAACAAGACAGCAACCGAUGGGACCACCGGUCCCAGGUGUACCGAUCAUGACAACACCCGAUCCGGACUGUGGCAUCGUGCAGAUGACAAUGCUGGAAGGCAAGCGGAUCGGAUGCUUUCUGCUGGGUGGCGAAACGCGGCUCUGUCUGCCGCAGAUCUUCAACAACAUCCUGAUGGACUUUAGCGUGGAGCAGAUCAAUCGCAGCAUCCAGGAGCUGAUGAUCUACCUGUACAACUGUACCGAUCAACAGCUGCAGGAGUUUAAGCGCGCCAACAUCAUCCCGGACACGGCCAAGACGUGCGGGUUGAUAACGCGCACGAACGCGGAACGACUGUGCAGUUCGCUGCUCCACCAGGCCCACGAACUGCGACCCCGGCUGAAGGGUGGCGGUGGUGUGUUGAACGGUUCGUUCCGCGUGUACCAUCGGUGCUUCGGCAAAGGCGAAGGUUUGUUCCUGCCGGAGCUGUACAGCUUCGAGGAACCGACCUGCAUCGAGUGUGCCGAAUGCCGUGGGCUAUUCUCGCCCCAAAAGUUCGUGUGCCACCAGCAUGAGCCGCAGGAGAUCCGCACCUGUCACUGGGGCUUCAACUCGAGCAACUGGCGCUCGUACAUCCACGUGGUGGAGAGCGAAAAGAAUCGGGACGAGUACGCCCAGGUGCUGGAAAAGAUCUGGCUAAAGGAGCGCGAAAUCGAACAGGAGCUGGAAUGUGAACGGGUCUUCUGGAUUGCAAGACGAAAGGCGGCCUUUGAAGAUGGCGGUCCAAUUGCCAUCAAAGCGGAACCACUGGACAUUCCAAUAAAGAAACCAAAGCUUAUGAGCGACGUUGCAUCGCUAUAUCACUGCAGCAGUAACAGCAGCAGCAGCAGCAGUAGUGGCAACAGCAGGCACCAACAUUAUGCAGCCCAACAGCAACUACUCGUGCAGCAGCAGCAGCACCAUCUGCAUCACCAUCAGCAACAGCAGCAAACGAAUGCGGCCUUCCGGCCCUGGACCGCGCAGCAGAAGGCACAGAAGUACGCGCAGCAACAGCAGCAAGCGCUGCUGCUGCAACAGAUUACUCCUUACGCGAACGGUACGACCACCACUAUCGUGAAUGGUACGAUCCGAGCGACCUCACCCGGCGGUACGAUACUCACUCUCAGCCAAGAACCACCGCUACUGCAAAAUCCCGAAAACGUGGUGCCGAUGUCUGAGACGGAUAAGUUCGAACGGUCGUACCAGCCGAAUGUAGCGCUCGUGCCGCGCAAAACGAUCCUAUGCGGCAAGGAUGCUGGCACGGUUUCGGUCGCACCGGGGCAGCAGCGACGCGAGUACGAGGGAAAAGAUCGUUCCGUGAUCAAGUGUGAAGUGGUACAGAUCAAGCAGGAAAGUCCAUCGACACCUCCAGCAACGUCGCACGGUACCGGUGGCAGCUCAGCAGUGGAUGGACCGAUGCGGUCUGUGAUAAAAUGUGACGUGCAGAUUAAACAGGAACGCCCUGGUACACCGUUAUCGACGGCAUCGGGCCAUAUGGAACACGGAGGUAGGGGUGAAAGGGGAGACAACAGUCGAUCGCCUGGACCGACGAACUCGGCACACAUUCCCGGUUCGCCGCCGCCACCGCCUGGUACAUCGCAUCAGCACCAACUGUCGCAAGGUGCGAUCGCGAUCAGUACGAUCAUUGCCAAACAGCACCACCAGCAGGUCUCUUCAAUGGCAACAUAUGGUGAUAGCAAUAGCAACAGCCCCGUACCGAUUCAGCUGGAUGUUCCACACUCCGGUUCGUCUGGCUCGAAUGAGAUCACGUCAUCGACAUCUCCACUACCGCCGACCUCAAUCGUUAUAAACAUGAACGGUGGAGAGGGUGUCGCGGGGGUAGAGGGAAGAGACAAGCCAAAGCUAGUGCUAAUAAAAGAACCGAUCAGUCCUCCGCUGAGCACACUGACGCCCACAUCCCGCCGUACUCCUCCCGGCCAUAUGCUACAACAGCAGCAGGGUGGUGUUUCCGGACAUCACUCACAGCAGGUGUCUUCGCCGCCACCGCCACACCAUCAACCGCUGUACCUGCAUCAUCACCAGGUACUGCAGCAACAGCAACACCAUCACUUCCGAUCUCACCAUCCGGGAACGGCACCGGCCGGCACGAUCAUACACCGGAACGGGUUGCCGAUCGUGGGCAACUCCGAGUUCGAGCUGUCCACCGACACGGACGACGACAGCCAAGCGGGCGAACCGGACAGUAGCAACGUGCCCUCCACGAUGGAACUGAUCGGCGAGGUGCUGAAGGAGGUGGAACCGGAAACGAAGCAGCAAAUACAGGACAUCUUUAAGGUGCUGCUGCAGGAAACGCGCAUUGAGCACCACCGGUUGCAGAUGGAGAUCCGCGCAAAGGAGGACCAGCUGAUGGAGAUGCAGCGACACAAAAUGGAGUUGCAGCGGCAAACCGAUCAUUUUCAGCAGCAAAUCCAUCAGCUACAGCAUGAGCUGGAUCGGGCGCUUCUUAAAAUUGAUUCACUGCGCGAACACCAACAUCAACUGUCGCAGCAACAGCAGCACCAGCAGCAUCACAUACUGAUACGGGAAACAUUGGGCGGUAUCGGAGAGUCCAGCACAUCGUCGACGCCUCCCUCACCGCUGUCGUUGGUCAGCAACGGUAGCAACAGCAACCACAGCCAUCAGCUGAUCGAGCGAAGGAACAGUUUUCCGGAAAAGUCCGAAAUCAUCAUGAAGCCACUGAAGAAGCUGUUGCGCCGCAGUCCGGACGAUGCGACGACGGUGCUAAUGCUGGCAUCGCCACCGCCACAAACAACCGGCAGCUUACCAACGGCGAUUCCAGCCUGUCUGUCAAUUACGGCUACCACCGUAUCGGUGUCGGCACCGAAAGCGUCCUCCAUCCAGCCGGUUGCGGAACCAGCCCGCGAUGAUAUUCGGCGGCAGCAGCAGCAGCAGCAACACAGCUCCUCAUCUACUUCUCCAUCGCCAACGGGUCAGCAGGGAGGAGUGUUACGAACAUCUUCACCUGCUGUUCCACAUCAACCACCACCACCACCAACAAGUGCCACCAAUGUACCUGUAUCGACGACAACGAUAACGGCAGUGAGUAGCGUGAAUGGCAGUGUUUCAGCAAUGGCAGGUCCCUCGACAGCUCCUAGUAUCUCCAAAACGACGACACCGGCAGAGAACGGUCCUUCCUCGUCCCCAAUCGUUGUGGUCAUCCCCGUCAGCAGCAGUGCACCGUUGCCGAAGGAUGCAACAGCCGGUUCGCCGAGACCUGUUUCGCGCGCCGGUACGCCUACUUCGCCACGGUGCGAUCGCGAUGCCAAAGGAUGUCCUACGCCGCACGACGCACAGGAUGAGGUCGUGGAAGAUGAGGACGAACCGAUGGAAGAUGCGCCGAUCGGUGUUGCGAUUUCUUCACCUGCUGCGGAAUCGAAAGCUGAAUCCGCACCGGAUGGUACCGGAUCAACGGUGAAAGUAGCUAGCAGCAAUGGGAAAGCUACCAUCGGGCCAACCACCAUCACUAGCAACAGUGCAUCAUCCGGUGCCAGUAACCAAGAGAACGAUUCACCGAACCGGUCCAAAGGGAAUAACAGUGGCGGCGUCCGGAGUAACUGUGACAACUGAUAGUUUGUAAUCCGUUGGCGUUGAACCAGCAGGCACUGUACAAGCGGGUCGAUGGUACGCCAGGAGCAAACCGUCUCAUAAGGUGUUAGAGCACGUGUCAUUAUCAUCUUAAAAUAUCAUUUAUCUUUCGUUACCAACCUGUGUAGGAUUUCGUUUGCCGGUUGCCGCGAAAGCACACAAAAUGAAGCAUUUGUACGAUCCAUUCGCCAAACAAUGUUGCUUCGAGUAUGUUCAAGCCAAAAUCAAAGUUUGUGUUUUAAGUGGUAUUCGUUUCGUUCCCACCUAAAUUAUUUAUGUAUAUACCUAUAUAUAAUAUUAAUGGUAGACGGCCAGAGGAUAGACGCGACGACAGCGAGCAGUGGCAAAGCAAGAAAGAAAAGGAGAUAAUCGAAAGGGAACUUAAAUGAACACUCACAUUGCGAAUAAUGCGAUGCUCCCGCUGUCGCGAAACACGCAUUUGUGCAGCGUCACAUGCUAACCGAUCGGACACGCAAACAAGUGCAGUUCAUCCGCACAAAAUCCAGGGCAAGUGUACGCAUGAAGUUGUGAUGGAUGAACGAUACGCAUGAACAACGAACAUCGAACACGCAUAAUGCGGACAGUCGUAGAAGCAACGCGUUAAAUAGUAAUUAUCAACACCGACACAUUAACCGAAGGUACACGAUUGUCGCAAAAGAGAGUAACGUAGGCGUAAAUAGCGCAUCGCUAGGCAUUGCCACAAGGCCGUGUGAGAUUAGACAACACACACUUCUUCCCUUCUGUUCUGUGUUGUGUGCUGUCCGGUAGGUAUUAGACAGCAGCGUAAGCAGUAGUAGUUUAGUUUCUUUUUUAAUUAACCACUAAGUGGUUUCAAACGCUAGUAUCGAACAGAAGAAAAAAAAAACCCGAAACGAAGCAGAAGUAAGAUGUGGUAAAACGGAGGGUGUAAGGAUAAUGUAUGUAAACGGUGAGCAAAGAUUCGCCAAGAACUGGGCACUAGCGCAAAAGGCGCACAGCGAUAUAAGUAAUAAGCAAAACACAAACGAACAUUCGCUAGCAGCGCAACAGUGUAAUCCGUGUAAGCAAACGAUUUACGAUAAUGUCAAGAUAAUCUAGCUACUAUAUUAAACAUGCGCAUAAGCAAACAAAACGAAAACAAUGAAAACUAAACAAAAAUCAGCAGCUUGAGCGAUGAGCAGGAGCAGCAUGGAACCAUCUAAAACAUAAGUUUAAAACUGUUUUUAAAACAAGCGUUUCAAGAGUUAAGCCCUAACGAUAAAGCAUAUAUAACACACAAAUACAGUAGCAAGAGGAACAACCAUCGGUAUGGUAAACUCGUAAUAGUUCACUAAAGACGUAGACACAGUUGGUGAUCUGUGAAUCACAAACAUGCGCAUUAGAUUUAUCCCGUGUGUAAAUAGUUUCCCCAUCAAAAGAAAAAAGGAAAACAUUAAACAAGAGAACAAAAAAUGCAUCCAUUAAUGGACACAUACACGCAUACAUGAAUAAUUCUACGCGAGAGGGGAAUUAACUAAGUUUCAUUUCCUUUUCCUUUUCUUUUGUAUCAAAAACUCCUCUGUUUCUUUCAAUUUUAACGUCUUUCCGAGGUCUUACGAUUGUACGGAAAGGACCAUCUAGUGCCAGUUAUUAUUAUCGAAUCUUUUGUGUUAUUUUUUCCUUAUUCUUGGCUUACAAAUAUUGCUUACUGCUGCAACUGAUACUGAUUUAAAGUAAUUACACUAAAAAUUUUUGCUAGCAGUCUUGUGGUUGGCCUGACUUUUACUCAAAAUUAUUUUUAGUACACUACACAGAAGAAUCUGCCUGAGCUUAGGUGCCCAAAGCGAACCCUUUGGACGGAACUACUUUGGGUGAUGGGCAUAUAAAAAGCUUGUUUCGUAGUUUAAAAUUACCGCAUUUUGUGGAUCGAACAAAAAGAUCCAUCCAGUCGAUUUAUCAGUUUAUUUUUUGUGUAUUAAAAUUUUAUUUAUUCCCACCUCUAAAGUGUGUAAAAACUUGACUCGGGGACGAGAUAUUUGCAAAGCAACACUUGUCCACCACUAGCCUCUGCUGGACGGCUCCUACCGAUGGGGCAUCUCCAUCGUUCCUUUCGUACUCGUAACUUUCAGGCACCAACCAACAAGCCCGCAUGCUUACCAUUAUUUAUUAAAAUCAGUAAACACAGCCAUUAAAUUUUAGUAUAUUUGAGUUUUCUUGUCUUAAAAAUUUGUCUGCUUGUAAAGCAUUCAAUAUUUGUUUUUUUUGGGUUAAGUAAGAUCGUGCGUAAGGGGUGCGUUAAAAACAAAUUUAGAUCCAAAAAAAAGAAGAGUCUUACUUUCAUUUUUUAUUUCUUUUACACUGCUUAUGCUUCCUUCUGUUUUUGCGUCGAGAUGGGAUAAAAUUCCUUCUUAAAGCUUAAAGCUUUCUUUUUUUAUGUUUGGUUUUCCUUUCAUCCAGCUACUACAAACAAACGCUGGUUAUAGAUUCGAGUCGAAACCGUAGGCAUACAUACUGUCGAUCUUAAACAUAAUUUUGUAAUAAAAGCAAGCAAACAAACAAACAAAAAAUAACUUUAAAACAAAUCAGUCCGUUAAGAAACCAUGCUUCUAGCGUUUAAUGAACUAGCAACUAAGUAAUGGAACAAAUCACCCAAAAAAGAAGAACGAAAAAAAAGAACAAAUCGAAAAGUUACGUGUAUCUAUUCUGCGCUCUUGUCUGUGUGUGUGGUAAUUUGGUGUAUUGAGAAAACAAAAUGAAAAAUGGAAACCGAAGAAAAACCAACAUUGUAGUCACCGGGAAGCGCACUCGCGGAAAAGCAACGAAUUUGGACACACUAGUGGACACUAUUCGUUUGCAAUGUGUUUUGUUGUUUUGUGCAUUAGAAUACGUUCAUACGCUACUGCAAUAAUUAGUGGUUCGCAAUCCCAUUUCCGAGUAACUGCCAGUUAAAAAAGCAACUUAUAUUAAUGAACGAAAACUCACCAAAUGACAAAUCGACUGUGUCACAAACAAAACGUCUUCAAGCUUCUUUUUAAUAAAUGAAACAGAAGAGCCGCAAGCUUCUUCACACGAUUGUGAACUGAUGUAAGGUUUUUUGUCGUUAUUUUGCUUCGUUACUUUGGAUGUUUGCAAGAAGGUUGCACUGUAGCUGUAUUGAUCAUGAAAUUCAAGGAUAAAUCAGUACAGCAUACAGAGAAGCAAAAUGGCAAACAAAAAUGGAAGCAUACAUUCGUGAGGAUGUGUAUCGUGAGGUAAAAUAUGCGCAAACUGAUAGAUUUAGCGAACUUAAAACAAAACCAACUGCGAAACUGUUUGCCUUAUGAAUGGUCGAAAAACAAAACAAACCAAAAACUAACAACUACAACAAUACAAUCAUGAUCGUGGUGAACUCGCGAUCGGUUUUGCUUCACCAAAAACAGGCCUUUGGGUUGCAUGGUGAUGUCAAUUUGCAUGGAUUUCGUUUCUGUCUGUGUUUUGCUGUUCACGUUUGGUUUAGCUCAUGUGUUCUAGUGCCCGCACUAGUAUCCUGGCGCAAUGUUUGCACGCAUAGGAAGGAAACACUGGUGCACACAGACACGCACAUUGUUGUGGUUUCAUGUUUUACGGUAGAGAAUCUUGUCCCGUGCUAUUGCUGUGUGGGACGGUUGCUCCUGCUAGUGUCACGUAAGAGACCGCAAAGAUACUACAAGCAAUUUAGUAACGUAAGACAGCCAGGUCAAACCGUGAAGUAAGAAAGAGAAAGAGGAAAGGACGAUAAAAUCAUUAAAAUUCCCAUUCUGAUGGAGACACCCUAUCACACACAGGACACACCAAUCAUACAAACAUGUAAAAACACUUUCAUACAACACACAUACACAGACACUCACUCACUAAAAGGGGGAGAAUAAUGAAUACAUAUAACAAAAUACAAUAAAUAAAUAUAUAGAUAAUAUAUACAUGUACGAUCACUAUCGUCAAGAUUCACUUUCUAGACUCCUGAUUGCGAAACGAAGUACAAAUUAGAAUGUAUGCUUUAAAAACUCAUAGGAAAAUGACGAAAAAAAAACAACACUUUCACUACUCAAGCACACAAUAAGCAACAAUGUAACAAAGAAAAGCGAUAACAACCAGAUUAACACACUGUGCAUGACACGCAAUGCACUGCAAUGCAACUGAUGGAAAGAAGUUAAAAAACAACGUGAUUAAGGAUUUGCUUUUUUUUUCACGCACCUGUUACUCAUUGUAUUGUGUCUUGAUUCUUUUUGUUUGUUUGAAUGAAUAUAAUUAAACAUUAAACAAACGUUCCCUUUCCGGCUGCCAACAUGUGCCAAUAUUGAUUUUGUCUACCUUUGAUUGAAGUAAUAAUAUCCCUUUUGCACCUUCGUUGUUUUUUUUAAGUAUUUUAUCACGAAUAAAAAAAACAUUGUUGAAAUGAAAAAAUCCCAACCCAGUUUGUUUCCAAGAAGAAAAAAAUCCUUUUUAGAAAACAAUUAUGCAUUGCGCAAACGAAACAAUAGACAAGAUAACAAAGAGAAUCAAAAUGCUACAUGUAUAGGAGCAACAAGAUAACAUCAAAUGCAAAACAGUGCACCGUUAGCCAUACUAUUUUUCUACACUUAAAAUAUGUCAUAAAAUGAAACACACCUGUCGGUGAAGUUUAUCGGAGAAGGGUUUGCCGAGAAUGCAGGUGUAUGAAAAUGUGAGGCAAACAAAAAGUAAAAGAAAAAAAAACCAGAUAAAUAGCAACGGUUAAUUAAUCGUACACGAAUUUAAUAGUCAAAUGCAUGUAUGCGUUAGUGCAAAAAAAAAAACAAAAACAAAACAAAAAACCAUGGCUUAAAAUAUGUAAAAUUCCGAAGCGAACAAUGAUACGGUUAAAGAAGAGCCAAGAGUAAACACGAAAACACACACAGAAUUUCGCAAAAUGGUUCUCACUAUUAACACUAAUAGUAUCCCGAUUUUUGUUUCUUUUACUUUUUAUCUCCAAUUGGGUUUGUUUUUCGAAAUAUGUUCUGCUGUACAGCCGUCCUCUGUAAGUUUACUGGUUGUUCAUUCGUUUUUCAUAAAAUUUGUCAUUUGCUUUUCCUUCAUCUCGGGCGGGAAACAACAGGUAGACAAAACAAUAAAUAGGAAAGUAUUUUUUUUUCAUGCACCUGUUAUUAUACAAAAGCAGGGGCUGCACAUACGCAAACUUAUAGCAAAUACACGACAAACAGUAAAAAAAAAUCGUAUUUAUAUUAGCCAAAGUAGCAUCUAUGAGAGUUCUAAAGUAAAUAACAUAACAAAACAAACAAACAAACACAGACACACUAAUCCCUUUCACAUUUAUAAAUAGAAUUUUUCGAAAAGGAUAACAAAUAAAUACCAACCCCUCCCUCUUCACCCCCUUCUUUCGCCUUCCACCCCCUAAACUAUGUGGUGGUGUCGUGGAAAAACGAACAAAAUUGUAUAAAUGAUGAAGCGCAAGAUGGCACACAACAUAUUGCAAUUUAAAUUCGUAAUAACCAUCUGAAGGUGAAUAAUCGAUACACACGUUCAUCAGAGCGCAGAUCUCCGUGGUCAAGAAAACAAACAAAAAAAAAAGAUUUAAACAAAAUACACGUGCGUAGAACAUUAAAGAAAAGUUAUACAACAACAACAAAAACAUGUAGCAAAAUAAAAACAGUAAGCAAACAGAAUCAAAUUUAAAAGCAAAGCGAACACAACUAAACAUUGAUGAUAGCGAUGAAAAAUAAAACAAACAAACAAAUAUGAACAAGCUGUAAAAGCGAGAGAUGAGAUAAACGUGAUCACAAAGAUCAUCAGCAUGAGGAAAAUGGGGGACAAUGCAACCAAAUCAACCAAACUUCAUCGGUAAAUGUACAAAGCGAGAAGAGAUAAGUGUGGAGGCGCGUGUGACACAAUGUUGACUGAAUUUAAAAAUCGACACAACAGAAAAAAAACGAGAUGCUUAGUGAGGAACGUUAAAAACGAAAAAUAAGAGAAAAAAACAGCAGUUUAGCUUACAGGCAAUGCUCCUCUACCAUUACACCAUCCACCAUUGUCGUAAGUGUGGGAGUGUUAAAUUUUAUGUUGGCUGUGCUUUCGGAAGAAGAAAAUUAUUAGUUGAUUAUUGAGAGAGAGAGAGAGAGUUUUGUGUCUAUUUUUUUUUAAAUGCGAACAUACCACACGAUUAAAAUGCACAGUUACAGACGAUACUUUAAGCGACAGAAUUUCAUUCCUUUCCCGGCAGGUUUGGAAAUUGUUUUUAUUGCGAACGUAUUCACUAUAUUAGCGAUCGAUCGGACGCGCAAUCGAUGUUAAACGAAACUAGGUUUAGCUCUGUGUGUGUGUGUGUAGCUAUAUCUGUAAAAAGUAAUGUAUAUUGGUUUUUGGUAAGUUUUUUUUCCGUAUGUUGGAAUCUAAGUGUUGGAGCUAAGCGAUGUCCCGGGCACACGUGCGCUAAAUACUUUUGUUUCUUCUUCACGUUUGCAGUCAAUGAUUUGUUUCUUCUUCCUGUGCGUUCAGGCAAAAGGUUCUUGUUACGGUUAUAGGAAUCUCUUUGAUUUUACCCACGGAACAGAGAAAACAAACGCGAAAAGCGGACGGAUGGUGUUAGAGAGUCAGUGUCUAAUGAUGAAGUAAUCGAAGAAUUAGAAAAGCCAAACAAACGCCGACACGGAAGCACGUGCCCGAUGUGUUAUAUUAUGUUAAAAGCGCUUAGUGCUUUUUCUGUUUUCCGAUUUCCAAAUUUAAAAUACAAGUGAAAUGAAUAAAAAAAUACGCAAAAGGAUUCACAUGGUGUAGAAGCAAAUAAAAGAAAACCCCCGGAAACGCCAGUGCACAAAACACGUUGCCGCGCACUGUGUUAUACGUUUUGUUUUGCGUAUGCUUGGGUGGGGAUUAUUUAUUAAUUGCAACCACAACAACAACAGCAACAAAGAAGCAUUGAUUUUGUGUAUAGAUUUGCCAUUUACAUGUUAUUUAGUAGCUACGAUUAUACCUAUAUAGAGAACUGAAAAGUCACAAAGAGGAAAACAAAAGAAAAUGCUGCUGCUACAGAGGAUCGAUGGUGAAAAGGAGUGUAGGACAUAGAGUGUAGUUGAGAUGCAGAAAGAAAUUGUCGAACGGAAAACGGCGUGUCACUUGAAGCUGCUAAUGGUCUGAAAGUGAGAGUAAGGCUGAUGAUGAUUGUCGGCAAAUUAAAACAAAAAAAAAACCAGCAAACAUGUCCCAAUCAAUCACACCGUAAACAUGCAUAAUACGAUACCCAUUCGCUAGGUUUUUUUUUGCACCAACAUAUGAAAGGCUGACGCUAAAUAGCAGGUUUGUUUCGUUGAUUGGCUAUGGGAAAGAACAAAAUGGCCACAGGCUGGGAAAAGCACCAAAAGAUGCAUGGUACUCACUCUCACUACGGAAUACCGGUACAGCGAAUGUUAGCGAAUGCAAAACAAUUAGAAAACAAAAACGCAUAAGUGUAAGCUUUACACAUUCAAGUGUGGAAAGAGUGAAGAAAAUAGAAAAUUCAUUGCAAACACACACAUAAUGCGAAGUAAACGUAGUACGCAAAACCCGAUACAUGAUUAUGAAACAAGCAACAAAACAAAAGCAUUAAGCAGAAAGAGAGGAGGUGAGAAAAAAAGCAACAGGAUCCCCAAAAAAACGCGUUAUAUCUGUAGUUUAUAAAGAAAAAAAAAACGAAAGCAAAUCCGUAGGCCCAAAUAUGGAAGAAAUGAACAAAACACAUACGAAAUAUUAUCUUCAACUAGAGAGACAAAAGUCGCACACAGAUGAAAGAAGUUGUAAACGAAGCAACACAUCACACACGCCCACACACACGCACACGUUUCAUCUUCUACAAAAUAUGGGACGCAUCUAUACGCAAGCGAGAAGCUAAAUGAUGUAGCAAAACUAAAUGAAUCAAUUUCCAAGGAAACUAAAUCAACUUACAACACAAAACUGUUUAAACGGUACAUAAGGAAAGAAAGAAACAAAAACUGUAAAAAAGAUUAUUUAAGGACACGGCAAUUAUGUAGCUUUACUCACUAUCCUUCGUGUGUCCUGUGCGCGUGUGUAUGUGUGCGUUUGUGGAACAAAACAGUAAAACAAUUCAUGAACAUAGCAAAAACAAAAAAAAACAAACAAAAGCGAACAAAUACAUAAACACAAAAACUGCACGUGCAAAAGUAAUAUAGAUAAAAGAAUAUAGUUGAAGAGAGAAACAAAACACUAAACACUCAAUAGCUGCAAGCAAUAAAAAGAAAACGCUCGUAAUCGCGAAUUUGCGCCGAGCACACAACACAGAAAAUUGCAUUCGCAAACAUUUAAACCAAGAGCAAAGGUUGAAGAAAGAUGAAGGUGGCAAACAAACAAAAAGGGGGGAAAACAAUGGUGCACACAUGCAAGCGGGCAAAGAAGAAAGUAAGCGACCGGAAUGCGGAUCGCGCAGCAGCUUAUAAAAAACAAAAAACAAAAAAACAAAAAUACCGCGACGAGAAACGAAAUUGGGGUGGAAAAAGGAGAAAAAUGAAAAUGAAACAAAUUUACUGAAAUUAUUCUAGAUACUGAAAGUAAUUUAAAACCAGAGAAAUAAAAUUAUAAAAUAAUUAAAAACACA